UUCUCACAGUUGUAGUUGAAACUCCUGCUAUAGAUAUUGAAUCUGAUUCUGAUAACUUUUCACUUUUACUUACUACUGAAACCUGUCAAUAUUGUAAAGCUAAAUUUUGGAUGAUUGAAAAAAAUCAAAAUAGUAGAUACGUUGCUUCGAAAUUUCCUCUUUGUUGUGCUAGUAGCAAAGUACAAUUACCGUCUUUACUUGAACCCUUACCUUAUCUACUAAAUCUUUAUACUUCAACUAAUUCUGAUGCAAUUAACUUUCGUAAACAUGUUAGAAGUUAUAACAGUACUUUGGUUUGCACAUCUUUUAGUGCUAAUAUAGAUACCCAAUUUUUGGGACGUG